GUCGCCGUGCGCGGCCAUGCUUUAUACUGGCAGAGUCGAACUUCCGGGUGACUCGGAAGUGGCCGGUUGGCGGCUUUGGGCGAGUUCCCAGCGGGAGUGGUGCGGCGGCGGACGGCUGCAGCCAGAGGUGAUUGCUGAAGAACAUUCCAUUUCCACCUACCUCCUUCUUCCCUCGUCGCCAGAUGCAAAGAUGAUUAAAGAGGGCAGUUCCUUCCUGAAGGGUAUAAUUCUGGGCGGAGUGUUAUGUUUGUUCCUCACCCUCAUUAACAACUCGAAGAUGGGCGGCCAAAUGCAACCCCGGAGUCACGAACAUCACCACCUCAAAGUCCCCAACAAGGACGAACUACUGAAACUUUCAGAGGCAAAGCGAUUGGAGCUCAGCCAAAGUAUCCGGGUUUUGUGUUUGAUCAUGGUUAAACCGAAAGAAAUUGGUUAUUGGGCCUCUGUGAUAGAAACGUGGAGCAAACAUUGUGACGGGGCUGUCUUUUAUAGUUCUGAAACCAUAAAACCCUUUCAAUCAGUCAGCCUCGGAACAGAAGACCAAUGGAUUGGGACAAGAAAAGCCUUCGAGCAUGCAUAUGAAACCUACAAGGAUGACUAUAGCUGGUUCUUUCUGGUACAGGCAACUUCAUUUGCAAUUAUUGAAAAUCUUAAGUUCUUUUUAUUAAAUAAAGAUCCAGGAGAGCCUUUCUACAUUGGUCAUACAGUCAAAUCGGGUACUUUGGAAUAUGUAGAGACUUCUUCGGGUGUGGUCCUAAGUGUAGAAGCAUUAGAAAGGCUGUAUUGGGUUAUGAGUGAUCCUGUGAAAUGCCCUGAAAAAGGGAGUUUACUGUGGAAGAUGUCUGAAGAAAAGGAACUUGCAGUAUGUUUGAAAUACACAGGAGUAUUUGCUGAAAAUGCAGAAGAUAAUGAAGGAAAAGAACUGUUCAACUCAAAAAAUGUAAAAACCCUCAUUGGGGAGGCAAUGUCUAACAAUCAAAAUGAAGUUGUGGAAGGAUGUUGCUCUGAUCUGGCUAUUACUUUUCAUGGAAGUUCUCCCAACCAUAUGCAUGUCAUGAUGUAUGGGGUUUACAGGCUACGGCCAUUUGGCCAUACCUUUAAUGAUGCAUUAAUUUUCAUGCCACCUGCAGGUUCAAUCAAUGAUUAAAUUCCUCCUUGCUUCCACUGCAAAGACAUCCCAGGGUGUGAAGUAUGAAGACUGAAAAAGAAAAUAAGAUAAUCCUGUUGCUAUUUCACGUGUUCUGAGUUUUGUAAAAUCUCAAAAGAAGUUUCUAAAUAAAGAUGUGCCUUCAAUGUUAAUCAGCUUAAAAAUGAAUUGUCUAACAAAUUGGUUGUAAAAUAUUUUAUGAUUAUUCUCAAUUUAAAGUUUCCUUCAAUUGUGGUUAGAUGGAAACUAUUAAUUAAUGAAUAUCAGACAAGGCAGUGUUGCUGGGAGACUAGAACAUUUUGCUGAGCAUUGGAAAUUUUUGUAGACUGCUCUGAAAUACAUUCUUUUGCUGGGAGUUCCAUUUUAAGCUGGGUAACUUAAUGAGGUACUGGUGUUUACAACCUUGAUGCUGGUGAUACAAGGGUUGAAUUUUGAACAAAAAACAUUAAACUUUUUACCUUAUGAAAUUUUUAGUCAUUGCAAAUGUAUGGAUUUCAAAUUGUAUUGCUUAUUUGGAUAUUGUGCAAUUUUAUGAAACUUGGGUGUUGGAUAAUGUAACAUUUUAAUUUGAUGUGAAUCUGGUCAAUCCCAUAAAAAUCAAACUGCAAGAA